AUUUGUGUAUCCUUUUCAGAAGCUAUAAUGCACUGCGUUGAAGGCGAUAGAACAGUACAAAAGUGUUUAAAAUGUGAAAUCUAUUAUACUCCAACUGUUGAUUAUUUAAAUUGUUCAAUUUGUGAAGAAGCCAUUGAAAAUUGUUUAUAUUGUUCCCAAACCGAAUUUAAGUGUUUAAGCUGUAAACAUGGAUAUACAGUUUCUUCAAAUGGAAGUUGUAUUUCAUGUACUUCUCAAAACUCGGAUUGUGUAUCUCCACAAAUUGGAUCUUGUCAAUACGGACUUUCUUUGUUUGAUAAUUAUUGUUAUGAUUGUAUUUCUGAAAUAGACGAUUGUGUAUUGUGUGAUCCAACACAAUGGGGAUGCUCAAAAUGUAUUUCUGAAAAAACACUUUUUAAUGGAAUUUGUGUUGAUUGUAAUAUUACAAAUUGUAAUAAAUGUUCAACGGAUUCAUAUGAGUGUGAAUUGUGUCAAACUGGGUAUUACAUUUUGAAUGGUAUUUGUGUUCUUAUUUGUGACAAUGAUAAUAACUGUUUGGAAUGUAAUGGAGAAGUUUGUUCGAAGUGUCGUCUUCCCUACGUUUUAAAUGAAAAUUUCAAAUGCGUUCAAUGUGUCGAUAAUGAAAAUAUUUCCAAAUGCAUUAGAUUUGAAAAUGUAUGUGAUUAUGAAUAUUUUCCAAAUAAUAAUUAUUGUUGGGAAACUUCAAUUUAUUUUGACAAUUGUCAUAUGGCGAGUCGUACGACUUAUGAGUGUGUUCUUUGUGAUGAGGGAUAUGGUUUAAAUACAUUAAAUCAAUGUGAGAGAUGUGAAUAUGGUUGUUUAUCAUGUUCAUUCAACAGUACAUUUUGUGUUUCUUGUGUCACCGGUUUUUCAAUUUCAAAUGGAAAAUGUUUUAUAAUUUCUAAAAAAGAUUGUGAUAUUUACAAUAUGCCUUUGGGAUGUGAAAGUUGUGCAAAUUUAAUGUAUCCAAUAGAAGGAAGAUGUUUAUCAUGUGAGAUUGACAAUUGUGACAUUUGUAAAGAAGAAAGUUGUUUAAAAUGUUCUUUUAAUAAAACAACAACUGAAACUCCAUUAGAAUGUGUUCAACAAACAGUUUCACAUUAUAAUUAUUAUUUGAAUAUAAAUAAUACAUGCGAAGAGUGUCCUUUAUAUUGUAAUUCUUGUGUGUUUAUUAACAAUCAAAUCCGAUGUAAAGCAUGUGCAAUUAAUCAUACUUUAUCCGAAGAUUCAACAAAAUGUGAGUUAAAAGAAACACAUUGUGAAAUUAGUUACAAUGGAUAUUGUUAUACAUGUCAAAAUGGUUCUACAAUUAAAAAUGGUAUUUGUUCUUUAUGUACUCAAAAUUGCGAAAAGUGUAAUUAUGAUGGUUGUGAUAUUUGCAAACAGAAUUAUUUGAUAGUACCACAAACAAAAGAAUGUUUAUUUUACGACAAAUGUACAGAAAUUAAUGAUAACAUUUGUACCACUUGUUCUAUUGAAUUGUAUAAAACAGGAGAUCAGAAUUCCAUGUGUGAAAAUUGUUCAACUUAUUGCGAAUAUUGUUCUGAAUCCCUUUGUCUAAAAUGCAGAAAUGAAUAUUAUUUGUCUGAUACAUCAACGUGCGAAGUUGAUACAAAACAAAACAGGCAAUUAAUGCAAACAACAAAAACAACUUUAACAUCAAACUGCGCGAUAGUUCAAUCAGUUGGAUGUAUUCGAUGUGAUGUUGGGUAUUAUUUAUAUAAUUCCAAAUGUGUGAAUUGUCCAUCACAUUGUAGAAUUUGCUAUAGUCCAAAUGAAUGUGCGGUUUGUGAUAUAAAUUACACAUUACAAGGGAUAUCCUGUGAAUUGCUUAAUACCGAAAAUGGGUGUCAGACAUUUCAAUUAAAUAAAAUAAAGUGUGCAAUAUGUUUAUCUGGUUAUGUAAUGAAUCGAGAAGGAAACUGUGAAAAGUGUCACUUGUCAUGUGACACUUGCAUCAAAGAUUCAACUAUUUGUUUGACGUGUGCAGAACAUUAUUUUAUGAAUAAUUCUCGUUGUGUAAGUACCACUCAAAUAGCAAAUUGUGUCACUGCAGGUUCACAUACAUGUUUAAAUUGCUCUAAAGGGUAUUAUCUCAAUCAAAACGGCUUUUGUACAAAAUGUCAUCCAAAUUGUUUGUCGUGUGAUUCUGAAACUGUUUGCACGAGCUGUUUUGACAAUUUCGUAUUUUCCAUGACAAAAUGUGUUGACAUGGUAUUAAUUCAACAUUGUACAAGUGCUAAAAAUGGUCUUUGUGUUACGUGUGAAAAUGGUUUUAUUCUCAAAAACAACUUUUGUAAAGAAAAGACGAAGAUAUGGGUAUACAUUGUCAUACUAUUUUCUAUUAUACUAUUAAUUAUAAUUAUAAUAUCAAUUAUCAUAUUACCGCUCUAUUUUAUCUUUAAAAAACACAAAAAUACAGAAGAGAAAACAAUAUUUAAAAUGGAAAGAUCAAAUUUAAUUUUUACCAGUUUAGAUUCAGUUUUAAGUUCUAACAAAAAGUUGAUUGACUUCGAUAACAUUCAAAUUCCAGUUAAUAAAGAAACUCGCGAACUUCUAUGUUUGGGAAACAAGUCGAAACACCACAUAAAAUUACAAUUGAGUGUGAUUACAGAUGAAAGAGUAACAAUUCAAAUUAAUCCACAAAUUGUCGUUCUCAAAAAUGGCGAAGCGUGUGAAUUUGAAAUUUUGGUGACCCCAAAUUGUACGUGCAAAAUUUCGUCUUUACUUAAAUUGAUUUACAUCGACUUUAAAACAGCCAAAGAAACCGUUUUUUGA